CACACAUCAGAUAUCAUGUUCAUCAUCCCUCUCUGUGUCUCUGUGCAGGGAUGAGUUGAGACAUCAAGGACUCUCCAGGAUCUUCACACAUGUGAACAGGCGUUUAGUUCAGAUCCCACCUGUUCACAUGAUGCUUCUUCACUCAUGGAAAAGAUGCGUUUACAGUUUUACGAUGAAAAGAACAAACAUCUUUGGUGAAAAUCAAAGACUGAAGGUCGUGGUUGGUCCGUGUGAAGAGACGGAAGUGAGAUGAUGUUUUUAUCAUGACCUCCGGCUUCAAAUGGAUUCUAUGAUCAGAAGAUGAGAGUUUUCCUUUUCUUUACAAGACAUGUGAGUCAAAGUCAGUCCAACGUUUGGUUUGGUCCACCUAGAAGACACACAACACACACACACACACACACACACACACACACACACACACACACACACACACACACACACAACAUUGUCCUGUGAGACUGAGCAGCUGAGUCCAGGAUCUAUCUCUGAUCUGUGGAGACGGACCUUUGACAGACAGAGUUUCCUCUGAGACACUGGAGUAAAUAAGUGAUGAUAUUUCAUUUCAUUUCAUUGCUCCUGUGAUGAAAAGUCUUUUAUUAUUGAAAUUCACCGAGAGGAAAAGCAAAGGGAUUAAAUGAUGACAAGACUUUCCUCCUUCCUGCUCCACUCUGACCCAUUUUCCAUGCGGCCGUCCUGAGGCGUCUCGUGUCUGACGCUCGACACCAUGAACCUUCGUGGUGGAAAUGUGUCAGGGUUGAUCUCUUACACCGUCAGAGCCGUGACCACGUUUGAGUCCGACCCGUGGCCUCCACGUGGAUUCCAGGAAAACUCCCUGCAUAUCAAUAACCUGACAAACUCAGGGUGUCGUGGAAAUGAUGUGGUGUAUAACGGCAUGGACGCACAGCUGGGGAACUGGUCUGCACUAAACACUGGAGGAGUUGACAACGAGGAGGGCGACAGGAUUUAUGGGUCUCAGUGUCCGCCCCGAGUGAUGGCGGGGGAGAAGAACUGGGCAGCGCUGCUGAUCUUGAUGGUCAUCGCCGUCACGGUCAUGGGAAACAUCCUGGUGAUCCUGGCCGUCUCCCUGGAGAAGAAGCUGCAGAACGCCACAAACUAUUUCUUGAUGUCACUGGCAGUCGCUGACAUGCUCCUGGGCAUCCUGGUCAUGCCGGUUUCCAUGGUGACCAUUCUGUACGAUUACGGGUGGCCCCUCCCCUCUGACCUUUGUCCCAUCUGGAUCUACCUGGACGUCCUUUUCUCCACAGCGUCCAUCAUGCACCUGUGCGCCAUCUCUCUGGAUCGAUACAUCGCCAUACGAAACCCGAUCCACCACAGCCGCUUCAACUCCCACAACAAGGCCCGAGUGAAGAUCAUGGCAGUGUGGACGAUCUCAGCCGGGAUCUCUAUGCCGAUUCCUGUGCUGGGACUCACAGACCACUCCAAGGUGUUCAAAGAUGGCAGCUGCCUGCUGACAGAUAACAACUUUGUGCUGGUCGGCUCCUUCGUGGCGUUCUUUGUGCCCCUCACCAUCAUGGUCGUCACAUACUUCCUGACCAUCAACGCCCUGCGGAAUGAAGCCACCCUCUGUCUGGACCAGCUGGUGCCGCGGCCCAAAUGGAGCACCACGUUCACCUUGAGCUUUUUACCGCAAACCUCGCUGUCUUCUGAAAAACUCUUCAGACGCUCGCUGAGCCGCGAGGCCGGCGGCAGGGGGAGCAGCGGCGGCCUGGGAGGCGAACGUGGGAGCGUCUCGGGCUCGCUGUUCGGACGCCGCACCAUGCAGUCGAUCAGCAACGAGCAGAAGGCGUCCAAGGUCCUGGGGGUGGUUUUUUUUCUCUUUGUGGUCAUGUGGUGUCCGUUCUUCAUCACCAAUGUGCUGGUGGUGGUGUGCGACCCGGAGGUGUGCGACGCAGGACUCAUGGGAGGUCUGCUGAACGUCUUCGUCUGGAUCGGAUAUUUGUCCUCCGCCGUCAAUCCGCUGGUCUACACAUUGUUCAACAAGACGUAUCGUGCAGCUUUCCUGCGCUACGUUCGCUGCCAGUACCAGCCGCCAAAAAAACCUCUGCAGCUCAUACUGGUGAACACCAUCCCGCCGCUGGCGUUCAGCUCCACCCACCUGCCUCUGGGCGAAAUCGCAAAGUUACGAAAUGGAGCUGCGCUCUCUAGUGGUGAAGUGAGGGACUUCUCUUUACCCGGGAAGGAAAUAUUAUCGUGUAAGUCGGACAAAAGCCCAAAAGACGGGGAUGAAAGCUGCGUGUGACAGUGAAACUCUGAGCUAAUCAUGGAUCAGACCAUUUAACCUCUGUGGUCACUUCUUUCUUCUGAGAGCAAAGACUUUAUAGGUUUUAAAGACAAAGUUCCACAGACAAAGUGCCUCCCCGUCUGGAUUAUAGAAUCACUGAGGUCCCGACGUCUUCAGAAAACUGGGAUUAUCGUAAAAAGCUUCAUCUUUCAGAGCAGCUUGAAACGUUCUGAUCCUCGUUAUCAGUCUGGAUCCAGUUUCUAUAUUAAAACACAGAAACCUUCUGAUAACCAUCCACCCCAGAAUAAAGUCAUCAGAGAUCGUUUCAUGUAAAAAUCCCUGAAGUCUUGGGUUUUGGUCUCGGUGCCGUUUCAAAGCUUCUGCCAGAAAAUCACAUUAGUCCUGGAAAGUUUUCCCUCGUUUUUUAAAGAGAUUGACUCGAUCGAUAUCUUCCAGUUGGAUCAUGAAAUGACGAAGAAGAAAAAGAGGAACAGUCGAUGCAAAUGAUGCAAAAAGACACUUUUAAUAGAAGCGCUUCAGAAAAAAAGUAUAAAAUAAGGCUCAUUUCAUUUCAUUCAGCUGCAGUGACCUCAGAUGCUCCUUCAUCCUCUGGCUCCCCAGCCUCAGCCUCCUCUACCUCCCAUCGAACCUUCGGGUGGAUCAGCCAGGAUGAGACUGGAUUUCCUGCUGCUCGGUCAGAUCUUAGUGUCGGAGACGUGGAUCAGGAGGAACCGGACAAAAGGCUCCGGCUGCUGCUGUGUUUUCUGAUGGAAACAAAAACAUUGUGUGAAAGACGACGUUAGAGAGAGACAGCGAAAAAUGAAUUUAUAUUUGUAUUUUGUGAAUAUUUGUACAUGAUGAUCUUUGUUCCUGAUGUGAUGCCGUGUGAUGAUUGUAAAACGAGUUUGCAGGAAACGAGAGGAUUCAAGUGCAAAUGUGUUUGUUGUUAAAGUCACUUUUUAUUGUGUUGUAACUGACGGUCAGUCGGUAGAUGUUUAAACAUCAUUUUAAAAUGUGAUGAUAUUGACCUGCUGUAUCAGAACUGACAAGCUGGAGUGAUGAGUGACGGUGCGUUUUGCCAUGGAUGUAUCAUCACAAUACUUCACAAUACUUCAUAAUACUUCACAAUACUUCAUAAUACUUCACAAUGCAUUUUGAAACAUAAGAACCUGUGGCAGCGUCAGGACGAUGCUGGUCACGUGAACACAUCCUGUACACGGCUCCGGAUCCGACCGAACGUUGAAUGAAUCGUUGUCGUUAAACUUUAACAAUAAGUCAGGCACAAUAAAACUGAUUGUUUUUAGUAUCUGAGAAAAGUUUUACUGACAGGAAACCCCCCAAAAAGUCUUAGGACUAAAUCCUUAAACUUUAAAAAAUAAAAGAAUAAUAAUCACCAACAUCCAACAAACAACAGAAGGUUAAUCGGUCAAAAUGAACAAAGAAGACUUACAGACACAUUAUAACCAGCAGGGGGCGAUGAUACAACUUUUACAAUCAGUGACAAUCAGCGACAAACAGAAUUAAUCUUAUCUGCAGACUGAGGUGUCACAUCAGCUGUUUCACUUAUGUCUUGUAUAUUAUCGUCGUCUGCGACAAAUGUUUUUAUUGCAGUACAGCGUUUGGCCACUGGGACAAAUCAGCACUUCACACAGUUCUGCUGCUUUCACACAAAACGUGAGAUGAAUCUUCGCUGCGUCAUUCACACAAGUUUAACGCAGGAUGAUUUGUUUUUAGUAAACACAACGCGGUACUAUUCGUCCACUCUCCUCCAGUAAAGAGGAGGAGGCUGAAGGGACCACAGCUGCUGCUUGAACCUGUUGUUGAAACGCCAGAGAAUCAGCAGCGUCAUGUGAAGGUCCAGUAGACCACCAGGGGGCGCACACAACUCAGGGAAUUUGAUCCUGAGGCCGGUUUGAUGACCUGCUCGCUCAGGUUGGUGCCAGAAUCUGUCUCGAUCAGUUUCAUCCUAAAUGCUGAUCGGGUUUCGCGACAUUGCAUCAUUCAAAUCUUUCGCUCAAAUUCUAAUAUUUUAACUCAAGAGGAUGAACUGAAAGAUUUGCAUCCUUACGUCUCGAUCCUGUUGCAUCACACAGACAAGGUGCACACAUCAGUCCCACACAGUGCAUCCAUGGCUCGUUCAGUGGCGACCAGCGUUAACAGAAAACCAGGAAGAAACAGGAAGUGUGGCGGAGGAGAAGAGGUGGAAUGUAAAUGUAAAGAAGAAAAAGGUUUCACAUAUAUUGGAAGUGAACUGAGACCAGAUGUCUAACGUCACAGGAUCCAGGUUGAUAAGUUUACUACAACAGUCUUUUUAGAAACAGUUAAAAUGUUCUACUUUAAGAAUCAUCAGUCACUUUGUGAAGCAGCGGCUCAUCCCAGAGGUCAAAGUUCAGCUCAGGGUUCACGUCAGGAAGAGUCGACGCUCGUUCCACUGAAUAAAGUCUGAGAAACGAGGAAGAAGCAGGAAACGUUCUCAUCUGAACAGCAGGUGAACGUCAGAGGAAGAAAGAGAAACACUCAGCAGGCGUCUGCUUCAGAUUUACAUUCAGCAGAGCAGCUGUUUCUUCUUUACAGGAACAAGACUUGGUCUCUGUUUGUCCAGUGAACCAAACUGGUUCAAACGAGAUGCGCAGCACCAAAGUCCUAUUAGAUAAUCACACAUGAUCAAUAUCUUGUGGAAAGACGUUAAUGCAGAAAAUGAUUCCUGCUGAUCAUGAGCAGCAACGAUUUCAUUAUGACAUUUGAAGGUGAAAAUAAAACCUGAAUAUCUGAGCAUCUGAAGUCGUUAGAGCUGCAUCAACACAUUCAGUACUUUAUCAUCACAAGAUAUUUAUUGUGUUAAAACCGUUAACGGGACUUUAGCAGAUUCAUAGUAUUCACAUUUGUUUCUGUGGGGAAAUAUACUCACAAUAUUUGAAAUAUCUGUGUCAUCUUAGUUUUUUUUAUCCUUCAUGACGAAGGUUUCAGAGUGUGUGUGUGUGUGUGUGUGUGUGUGUGUGUGUGUGUGUGUGGUGCAGCUGUGUUUUAAAUCUUGUUCCAGUAGAACCUACCAGACGCAGUGUUUCUGUUUGUGAAGGAUGUGAAGUGGACCAUCAGCUCCUCGCUGCUGACCACUGGUUCCUGCAGCUCCGUCUGUUUCGAUGUUUGAUGGUCACGUCUCUUUUCCAUGUGUGGAUCAGUUUCUGCCUCUUUGUUUUCAAAUCAGAGUAAAAAGAAAGAAUAUGAA